UAUAAAGGGUUUAAUAAUAUCAAAUAUAAAGAAUAUAUUGAUUAAUUAAAUUAAUUAAUUAUGUUAAAUUAUAAAACGCGUGUAAUUAAUGUGAGUCAUAGGGAUUAAACAGUGUGCCAAUACAAAAGUCAUUUGAUCAUGGCAACAUCAACAUGCGAUGACUCUGCUUCAGAUCAGGUGUACUGAAAUUGUAAAAGAUGCCGGGAUAUGUCCAUCAGCAUAAAGCUUCGCGUGCAGAAGUUGCAAUAAAAUGGAUAUCAACGAUUGUUAUAGCACUUCUGUUCCUGGCAUGUUUGAUACAAAGCAAAAUAUCACUGCUAGCUUUGUCUGGUGCUAUGCAUGCAAGUAAUGAUUAUCUCGACCGUGAUGCAAGAUGCAGAAUGUUCGUUUUAUUACAAAUAAUAGCACUCGUUCCACAUGUCAUAAAUUUGAUUCGGGGAGUGUGGGGAGGUGUUUUAAGAAGAGAUAGGAAAUGGCCGAAGGGAAAAGUAAUGUUAGUUGCGACGAUGGUGAGCAUUAUGGAAGCAGUGGGUCUUUGUUUAUUUAUCUUUUAUAUACCAGGACUCAGUAAAAUUUAUCAUGCUAUUCUGUUGAUGAACUGUGUGAUACUUUGUCCACUUCUUAACACCAUUUGGAACAUCAGAAGACUUAACUUCAGUGCGCGAAAUCUACAGCAAAAUUGUUGUUGUAAAUUUACUAGCGUGUAUGCUCUCGUGUGUAUGGUUGUUGGAAUAGUUUGUACAAUUUUAAUGUUGCUACACACUUCAUUAAGAACACUUAUAAUAGCACCUAUAAGUGUCAUACUAUUGUCUAUAGCUUGGAGUCCUUCAGUUCAAAAAUACAUGGCGAAAAGUGAAAAGGAGAUCAAUACCGAGAGCAGAAGAAAUGAUGGUCCAUGUGCAUCAAGUAGUAGCAUACAAUCUGAAGAUAGUCCAUAUUCAUUAGGUCAAACAAUAAAUCAAAACACAUUAAGAAACACAACAUGGAAAUUAACUGCGCUAAUGUCUUUAGUAAAACUGCUAUCAACUUUCGGAUUUUCUAUGCUGAUAUUGUUUGUAAGACACAUAUCACCUUUUCCUGAACAUUUUGAAAAAGGUACAAAAAAAUCUUAA